CCCGCGCUCGCCUUCCCCGCGGGCCGCCAAGUUCGCUUUCUCUGAGCCCGGGCUGGACGCCGAUGGAACGGCCGCGAUGUUCGCCCCGCGGCUCCUGGAUUUCCAGAAGACCAAGUACGCGAGGUUCAUGAACCACCGGGUCCCCGCGCACAAGAGGUACCAGCCUACGGAGUACGAACAUGCGGCCAACUGUGCCACCCACGCCCUCUGGAUCGUCCCCAGCAUCCUGGGCAGCUCCAACCUCUACCUCCUGUCGGACGACAGCUGGGAGACCAUUUCUGCCUGGAUUUACGGCCUCGGCCUCUGCGGGCUCUUCGUGGUGUCCACUGUGUUCCACACGGUCGCCUGGAAGAAGAGCCACCUCAGGACGGUGGAGCACUGCCUGCACAUGUGUGACCGGAUGGCCAUCUACUUCUUCAUAGCGGCCUCCUACGCGCCCUGGCUGAACCUUCGGGAGCUGGGCCCCUGGGCCUCCCACAUGCGCUGGCUGGUCUGGAUCAUGGCCUCUGUGGGCACCGUGUAUGUCUUCUUCUUCCAUGAGAGGUACAAGCUUGUGGAGCUGCUGUGCUACGUCAUCAUGGGCUUCUUCCCCGCCCUGGUCAUCCUCUCAAUGCCCAACACCGAGGGCAUCUGGGAGCUGGUGGCUGGAGGGGCCUUCUAUGGCCUGGGCACCGUGUUCUUCAAGAGCGACGGGAGGAUCCCCUUCGCUCACGCCAUCUGGCAUCUCUUUGUGGCAUUUGGUGCUGGUACCCACUACUACGCCAUCUGGAGGUACCUCUAUCUGCCCAGCACCCUGCAGGCCAAGGUGUCCAAGUGAGGUGGCCCAGACUGCAUGGGACACUUGGGCUGUUGGAGCAGAGCAUCAUGGGAAGUGUUUUUGCAAACUUUAGCCCAGAGUGCAGGGCCCAGGCCCAUCUGCCCUCCCCUGGGAGAGCUUUGGAUGGGUCCGAGGUUACUUCUAGUGACAGCCGUGCCGUCCCUUGGGUCCUUGGUGAGAAAGACAGCAUUUAGUCAUGGCUGCAGAGGAGAAAUUUACCCUGUAAUGCAUUUAUAUUCUUGACAGUGUCUCCUAAUACAAUGGACAUUAACAUUGUCAGAAAAGGGUACCGACGUUGCCCUGUAAAUUGGGCAAGGAUGGGCCAGUAUAUGCUUCUCAUGGUCCUGAGAAAUCGAGCAAGGGGUCUGGUGGGUUGUUUCUAUCAGGUGUCCAGGGCCUCCUUCUCUGCUACCAAAGUCCCAGCUGGGGAAUGUCCCCCUGUUCAGGGAAAAUCACCCAGUUUGUAGACCAGGGAUGGUGGAGAUCUGUGACCGUGGCAGACAUCACCAAUCAACUGCAGCAUGGGUGGUGUCAGAAUUCUCAGCCUGGUGCUCUGGGCAGACAUGACUAAUCAACUCGGUACUCCAAUGGCACCACUUUGCCUCACCUACUGGUAUGCCCUGUGGUCAGAACAUGCCCAGGCCAGGUUAAUGUCCCCGUGUGUGGGAGUGUUUACUUUCACUCUCUCUUGUUCCUUUUUGGAAGCUCCUGGAGUGGGUAGCGUGGAGGCCAUGGUGCACACCCUGAGCAGCCCCUGACCAGCUGUGGUCCUUGGUCCAGAGGAGGGAGCAGUUGGGAAUGAGGAGCUAUUCCUUGGACAUUUCUUCUCAUGCCAAAAAUAUCCAGGGAAACUCCGAGAGGCCCUCAUGCGAGGGGCAAGUGCAUCCCGGAGCUCACUUGCCUGCCCCAGACCCAGGGUUUGUGAUGCUGUUACUCACACUUGUGCUCAGUGCCCGUGAGUGGCCCUGUGGGAGGGAGGCCUCGCUCAUCUGAUGGGACCUGGGUGAGCGUCUGUGAUGCCCCCACCUCUGGAGCCCCUUGAAGCCCCACCACAGGCCUGAGCGGAGCCAGCCCUCUGUGCGCGGCACACGGGCAAGCCCUGGGGAGGCCCAGGCCCAGCGCCAGGUCUGAACCGGAACCGCAGUCCCCCCAGAUUGAGGAUCUGUGUCAGAUGAGCCUCGGGCUACAGCUCCCAGUGAGAGCCAGGCGGGCAAACACGGGAUGCCUUAUGCCUAGUUCUAGUACAUUCCAGGGCAUUCGGUGCUGCGGCCUCUGAAUCCCAUGCGUCCAGCCAGUAUUAAAUCACCUGAUCUGGUCCACAGACAGGAGGGUCCUGAGUGGGCAGAGGCCUGGGGGAUAAGCUUUGUCUUCUUACUCAUGUGUGUGCGCGCGUGUGAGUACAUGUGUGUUUACAUGCGUGUGUGCAUACAUGCAGCCACACUGGCACACUCAGCCCCUGGAAGCUGCCUUCGUUCUGUACACCCGCCAUGCAGUGCUCACCAAGUAUUUCCCAUCAGUGGGGUCGAGGUUGGAGAUCGGGGAGGGAAAGCUGGGGGGUGGCAGGCCGGGGCAGGGACACUGUGACUCAACCUCUGGGCCUCAGGCCCGCGUGGUGGUGGUCCCCGGGAUGAUGUUUAGGAGACCUCCCAAGGCAUGGCACCGUGUCAGGCUGAGCUGACAGUCCCGCCACCUGCAUUCUGAGGGGGACCACAGUCCAGUGCUUGGGACACUGACCUGGGACUAUCCUGGUGGCCACUACUGAGAUGCUCUUCUGGUACCUGCAUUCCUUGUGCCCCCUCUUCUGGGCCUCUGAUCUGGCAUUUUCCCCGAGCUCCCCCUUUAUGCCCCAGAACCUUUUGAGAAGGGGCUGGUUUGCCCCCUCCUCCACUCAACCCCUGCUCACCCUUCAAUGCCCUGCUCAGGAGCCUUCCGGGAUGCGCGCUGGGCGUGUGGGGUGGAGAGGGCGUGGCGCUGGAGGUUCAGACACCGCCCAGAGUCUCAGAGAGACUCUUGCUGUCGGUCCUGAGGCUGUCACAUGCUAGGGUGCUCCGACAAAGUGGCUGUCCCACCCCUAGGAAGCAGGGUGGGGGGUGGGGCAGCUGGCAGCAGACUGGCCUGUGUGACACUCUGGGCACUUGGGCAACUGCUCCUGAGGUUGGUGGGGCAGCAUGGGAGGUAGCUCCGGAGGAAGAAACUCAGAGCUUCCUCGGAUCUGCCUGCUCAGGGCCUGGCCCCCUGACGAGUGUGAGGGCAGCUUUCCCGGUCUCUGGGCUUGGUGACAGCCCUGUGCUCCAGGGGCGGGGGGGGCCGCAUGGUCCCAGGAUGUUGGGUGCCCUUUGGGUUGGGAUGCGUAUGGGCAUCUGCUCAGGCUGGCCUGGAGGGCAGGAGGGGCAGAGCGGAUCCAUUUGUAAAAGAAGUGGCCCCGGUUUGGGGGUGCGGCUCUGCCUCUGUGUGAAAUUCCAGGUUCCAGCUUCCGCGUCUGCACGAGUGGCUGCCCGUCCUGCUCCCCCCGGCCAGGUGUCCCAGGGUCCACCCGAGUCAUGCAGGGGCAGCCUCCUGCUGCCCGGGAAGGCCUUCCCUGGGGGACACAGGGGCUCUCAUCGUCUUUGAUACUCAUUUUUAUAGACCUGUCAUGUCUCCGGUGCUUGACAAUGGCAUUGGUGGCGUGACUUUUCAGAAGUGUCCUGCUGGCAUUGGACCUUUCCUGUGUUUGUGAGAUUGCUAUUUUGUACUAUUAACACAGUAUUUGACAAACAUUUGUACGAAGAAUAAUCCUGCCAGUAGAUGGCACUGUCUCUGCUGGGGUAGAAAGAACUUCAAUAAACAAAA